CUCGUAGCGAGUAAGAGGAAGAAGACUCUGACAUACGUGAUCGGCGGCGUAGCCAUGGUGGUUGUCAUAGGAGUGGUCAUAGCGCUGGUGGUCGUCCUCUCCGGCAACGAAGGAGGCACGGCUGAGGCUAUUGUUUCUACUACGCAAGGUCCAACGACAGUAUCAACGGUAUCAACUAUAGCGACUGAAACACCGUCAACGGAGUCCACGCCUAUUGUGAACCCUCCGACGUCCACCACGACAACGACCACGACAACGACCGAAGCCCCGACCACGACGCCCGAGCCAGAAGAAGAACUGCUCGACUUACCGUCGAUCAUCAACGGCGCGUUUACGCCAGCCGGCUUCAGCGCCGUUUGGACGUCAGGGAAUGAGGCGUUGCUCCGGAACCCCAACGGAGAUCUGGUGUUAUAUGAUGUGGACUCCGACGCUUUUACCACUCUUAUCCAGAACACUUCAGCUCUUCUUCAGCAAUCGUCCCGAGUGACUCUCUUGUCUCCAAACGGCGAUUUUGUUGCGCUGGCACACAGCGUUAUUCCCGGCUACAGAUACAGCUUCCUCGCUCGCUACGCCGCAGUGGACGUUGUGUCCGGCAACGAAACAGAGAUCCUCCCACUGGUUCCUCCUCCAGACCCGACCGUCUACCCCGAAGGUUUCCUCCAGAACUUCGUCUGGGGUCCCUCAGGAACGUCGCUGGCGUACGUCUACGUCAACAACAUCUACUACCAGUCCUCGCUGGACAGCGAACCUGAACCCAUCACAGAUACUGGUGUGCUGGACGUCGUCUACCAUGGAAUACCUGAUUGGGUUUAUGAAGAGGAGGUGUUUAUCUCAAACAACGCUAUGUGGUUCUCGGCCGAUGGCAACAAGCUGGCAUACGCCACGUUCAACGACACAGACGUCAGGAAGAUGAAGGUCCCGCACUACGGAGUGCCUGGCUCCGUGCAAUACCAGUACACGCAGCAUCACGAGAUUCGAUACCCCAAGCCUGGCACCACAAACCCCACCGUAAGUGUAACGAUCAGAGACUUGGCCAGCGACCUUGAGAGCACCUUUUAUGCUCCCGACAAUCUUGAUGAGCCAAUCCUGAAGACUGUGCAGUUUGUGUCGAACGACACCAUCGCUGUGAUGUGGACCAACAGAGUGCAGACCAGCCUCACGGUUGAACUCUGCCCCUUCCAAGGAAACUGCUCUCUGAUUUACACAUACACUGAGACGAAUGGUUGGAUCGACAAUAUCCCCAUGAUAUUCAACCAGCAAGGCAAUGCUUUCAUCACAAUCCUUCCUGAAGCAGUCGGAGGCAAGUUGUUCAAGCAGGUAGUCCAAAUCUCCGAUGUGAACGCUGAUUUGUGGACUGCUUCUGGGCGGUUGAACACUCCCCACACAGUUGCUGAGAUCCUGCUGUGGACUCCCGAUGACGUCAUCUGGUACAAAGCAACGCACGUCGACGAUUCUGCCGAACAGCAUAUCUAUUCAGUAAACGCCACUGGUGGCGUCUCAUGCUUCACGUGCGGAAUCACUCGUACUGACGGCGCCGCGUGUCUGUACAACGAGGCAACGCUCAGUGCUAAUGGCGCUCGCCUUGCCAUCAACUGCGCCGGCCCUGAAAUCCCGCAGACGUUCAUCUACAAUUCUGACGGUGAACGCGUCCGCGUAUGGGAGGAAAACGCCGAGGUGGCAGCUCUGCUCGCAAACCGCGAAGUUCCUCUGACCAUCCGACCGUCUCUGCCUAUCGUGGACGGCUUCCCAAGUGCUGACGUGCAAAUACAGGUGCCGCACGACUACUUGAACAGAACUAACCUCCCAAUGCUGGUAUACGUUUACGCCGGCCCCGACACAGCUCUGGUGACCAAGGCUUGGAACGUGGACUGGGGAUCCUCCUUAGUGAGCCGCUACGGCAUCGCGGUCGCCCAGAUCGACGGCCGAGGCUCCGGGCUCAGAGGCGUCGAAGACAUGUUCGCUGUCAACAGGAGGCUUGGAACGGUUGAAAUUGAGGACCAGAUCACUGUCACUAGAUACCUUCAGCAGAACUUCAACUGGGUAGACGGCAACCGCACGUGCAUCUGGGGCUGGUCGUACGGCGGGUACGCGGCGUCGCUGGCGCUAGCGCGAGGCGGCGACGUGUUCCGAUGUGCCGCCGCCGUCGCGCCCGUCGUGGACUGGCGCUUCUACGAUACUAUCUACACAGAGCGGUACAUGGACCAACCUCAGAACAACCCUACUGGGUACGCUGAGUCAUCGCUUCUUACAGAAGAUGUGGUGGAGGCGUUCCGCGACAAGCGCUACUUCCUGAUCCACGGCACGGCGGACGACAACGUACACUUUCAGCACGCCAUGCUCAUCUCCCGCCUGCUGCAGAGGAGGGACGUCUACUUCCAGCAGAUGAGCUACACGGACGAAGACCACGGCCUGGUGGGCGUAAGGCCGCAUUUAUACCACGCCCUCGAGAAGUUCCUGCAAGAAAACAUGUUUUAAACCAACAGACAAUAAUCAAGUGUUACGUUAAUUCCAAUCACAUUUUAGGUCGAGAUAAAGUACCCAACACCGAUAAAUCGGUUCGAUUAAUCGAUCAUUUCGAUAAAAGAUGACAUAAGUCUUCGCUACCUCGCGAAAUUUGCCUUCGUGCCAUCUAAUAAAUCCGUAAAUAUUCCAAAUCCUCCAUAUAAAAGCAAAUAUGGUAAGAUUUUUAUACUUUGGCGCUUUAUGAGCAUGACGAACUUUCGCUUCCGAGGGAGGUGGUAUUGUCUACAGGCACAAAAUCAAUAGCAAUAUAUUUUUAAAAGUUUUGCAUUUGAUCAUAACAUUCCGAAAGAAAUGUAUACCUACCGAUAGUAUUGAGUGGUUGUAGUGUUUCUAUAAAAACACUGAUACUUAACUACAGCAACCACCUACUUAUUGUCUUCCUAAAACACAAAAUAUUGUUAAUUACUAACAGUACAAGUACAUCGUGUGCUUUAUAUCUAAGAGAAUAAAUGAGAAGAUAUUCUUCUAAUAGUU